UUUUAAAAUCUCUGUUGAAACAGAAUUAUUUGAGUUUUUUACGUUUACAUUUUAUAUAAGUACUGAGCAACAAAUUACCAAUAGUAUUAAAAAUAGGUUUUUGCUUUAUCAACAAAUGCGCCAGUUUUGAAACUUUGAAGUCUUUGCGCCAUCUUAAAAACAUGAUCACGAAGUAUUAUAAUAGGAUUAAUGACAUUUUUAUGACAUCAUGACCGACUAUUUUUCAAUAUACAAUAACAACGUUAAACCUAAGGUUUUAUUAACACACGACGAUCUAUCUAAAACAGAUUUAGUAUAUGGAAGUUACAUAUUAAACUCUGUUUUGCCAACCGGAUUUUUGCAAACCCACAGAGAAUGGACUCGCUUAUGGACUCAGCACUUUGCAGAAUCUAAGCAGUUACUAAAACUAGACGGCCUGAUGUUGUCAGGAAGUGCUGCAGAAUACUUUAACGUACCACUGUACAUGAAGUAUAAUGAUUUAAAAAAUACUAAAGAGUAUGUGAAGAGGUAUUCCUACAUAAGUGAUCAGGAUGUUAUGUUCACCUAUACAAACUUGACUCUCAUAGAGGAAACCCAUUCCAAACCCAAUACUCCAUUUAUAGGAACAAUGAAACAAUCAGACCAUCCAGGCUAUGUUUUGAUUGUUCCAAAUGAUAACACAUUUUCACCCUCAUUAACUGUUUGUUUAAAGAGCGGUGUGAGAGUAUUAGAUGGCUCAAAAAUUAUAGAAUCUAUCAAGUCAAAAAUGCGCACACAAGUGACACUUGAAGGGCCGGCAUUGGCAUUAAGCAAUGACUUCAGUCAUCUGAGUGAUUAUGUGCUUUGCUUUACAUGCCAGAGAUGGCCUUCAUGCGCAAGAGAUUGGAUUACGCGCACACGGCUUGGAAAUUGGCCCACUUUUCAACUUAUUCAACAAGUGACACAAGACGGCUGUCACGUUGUACGCAUGGGCCACAUCAAUAGUAGAAAUAGGGAUUUUGAGUUCAGAUUGUCAUUUUCCAAAGCUGAAGUAACACUGGCUCACACUCUGUUAGAUUGUCACCGACGUGUCUACCUUUACGUCAAGUUGCUACACAAUUUGCAUCUUAAGGAACCAAAGGCGUUGGCAACAUACCACCUCAAAACGACGUUGUACUGGAUGGUAGAACAGGAACCUAAUACAGAUGUUUGGAAGCCUUGCAAUACGGCAGUUGCUUUUCUUCGAUAUUUAGACAGACUAUUAGUUUUUUUGAAAAACUAUAAUAUACCAAAUUAUUUUGUACCAGAAAACAACAUGAUUGAUCAUGUUAAGCCUGAAAGUGUGAGAGAAAUAGUUAAAAAAUUAGAAAGAAUACGAAUAGAACCAAUAAAGUUUAUUCUAGCCUUUUUUGACGAAUAUACUCUUACUGUGCCCGAAGAGCCUUAUGCUUAUUGUCCACCUCGUGAAGAAUUAUGUGUUUGGAAGAGCAUGAUUAACGGUCAAAGAAAAAAUUACGACGACCAAUCAGAGACAAAAACCGCAAUCCUAAAUUUUCACCGCUGCAGUUUACACCUAGUACUCAGUUGGCUGAUUGAGUUUACAGUGUUCUGUCGUGCGCAGAAUAUUGAAAAGCCUACCAAGUACUGUCGCCAGAUGUUUAGUUGUAUAGGCGAUACAUUACGAACAGCAUACGAGCACAAAAUUUAUCGAACUAUUACUGAUAGUGACUUACCUGAGUUUAAAAGUUACAUUUCUGGUGAAAUUACACAGAUUAUAAAUGACUUUGUUCACAAACCAGAAUUGAAUAAGGUAAACAUAACCGAUGUUUUUUAUGAAUUUCUCUCUUAUCUACCUGAAUAUAAGUUAGUUAGCAACACUUUAUGAUUUUCUUAAUUGUUACCAGAUAUAAUAAUAUCAUGGUGUUGUGCAAUUCUAAUUUUUGCUGUAUCUUUGACAAUUAAAUGAACAAUAGUUAAUCAGAGUAAUUAACAGGAUUUUGAUCACGUGUUCAUUUGUACGUGAGAAUAAGAACUGUUCUCAAACAUUAAGUGUUGUGUUGCACCUGCCCUUUGUAUAUGGUAAAAUAAAAAUUUUUCCAAAACUUUUUAUUUGAAAUUUGCAGGCAAUUUUAUCGAAAACUUACUAACUUAUUUUACUUUGUGUUGUAUUGGUGUUGAAUCACGACAUAAUUACAAGUGAACUUUAAGGUUGCGAUAUAUUUGUUUAAAAUUACAUUAACUGUAAAAAAAAAUUAAAAAUUUUCAGCUAACGUCUUUUUUAUUUA